AAGUGCCUCUUCCAGAAGCAGCUUCCAAAGAUGCCGAGAGAGUACAUAACACGAUUGGUCUUUGACCGUAACGCUGAGGCGAUGGCUGUGGUGCAAAAGGGGCUGAAAGUGGUAGGCGGCAUUGCCUACAGACCAUUUCCACAUCGCACCUUCGCCGAGAUCGUGUUCUUUGCAAUUUCUGGUGUUUAUCAGAUUAAUGGAUACGGUGGCCAUCUGAUGAACCAGUUCAAAUCUUACAUGAAGAAGAAUAUGCCGGAGAUAAAGCACUUCCUCACGUAUGCGGACAAUUAUGCAAUAGGAUAUUUCAAGAAACAGGGUUUUACGAGAGAGAUUACCCUACCGAAGCACCUAUGGAUGGGAUACAUCAAGGAUUAUGAAGGUGGAACCCUGAUGCAAUGCACAAUGCUUCCGAAAGUAGAUUAUCUCGAAGCUAGAGGAAUGCUACAAUCUCAAAAGGAGGCAAUCUUGACCAAGAUACGGCAAUUAUCGAAAUCCCAUAUCAUUUACAAAGGACUCGACGUCUUCAGGAACGCACCAGAGGGAUUCAAGAUCCAUCACAAAGACGUUCCUGGUCUUUGCGAAAGUGGGUGGACACCCGAGAUGGAUGCAACGCUUCUCCGACCCGUACGGAAUGCGGACCACACUGCCAUGAGGAAGUUGUUGAGUGAAUUACAAGGGCACGCCGAUGCUUGGCCGUUUCUUUUGCCUGUGAAUAAGAACGAAGUGACAGACUACUAUGAUGUGAUCAAAAAUCCUAUGGACUUCAGCACAAUGGAAAAAAAGUUGGAAAACGGCGGAUACGCCGACUUCGAUUCCUUUGUUGCAGAUGCCCAGCUGAUAUUCUCCAACUGCCGUGUGUAUAAUUCCGAGAACUCGGGAUACGCUAAGAGGGCCAAUCGGAUGGAGAAGUUCAUGAAGGAGUACCUAACUAAGGCCGGUCGAGGUUGACCAUCGAAUUCCCCUAACGCGUCCGUGUCCCGAAAUCUCUCAUUGUGUACACCUUGUAUCAAAGGGAAGCCCUCAUCUGAAACCACGCGCGAAACGUCAACGUGUUUAUGCCCAAAGUUGGUUGCGAGUGUCGUUGGGGUGGCGGAACCGUCUGCUGCAGGGUGGUAAACUCGGCCUCGUCUGAAUCUGGGCCGCUAACUUGGGAGGCAAUCUGUGACCUGAAAGACUCGAAAAAUGAUACCUGCCCUACAAGGUGUAUCUUCUAAAUCUCACCCCGUACCAAGGGAUCGAUUAGCAUAUGUGGAAUUACCAAUCAAGUUCCAGUUAACAAUCAGUUUUUAU